CUAGUCAACAAUUGUUAGCUUUCGUUUCGCAUCAGCUGGAGCUGUCGGCGGCUGAUAGAGGUAUCCCCAGGCUGUUUGUCACCCAGUCUCCAGCCGCAAAAAAGGUGCUAAAACCAGCAGUAUGGCCACGGCGCAGUCUGUGUUGCUGCUAGCAGUGCAUGUUCUGCUGAUCUCAGAGUUCAUCCUGGCCAAGAGAGACUACUACGACAUACUGGGGGUGCCCAAAGAUGCCUCUGAGCGCCAGAUCAAGAAGGCCUUUCAUAAACUGGCCUUGAAGUACCAUCCUGACCGAAACAAGGGCCCAGACGCCGAAGCCAAGUUCAGAGAAAUAGCAGAGGCAUAUGAGACGCUAUCAGAUGAUAAGAGGAGGCGAGAGUAUGACCAGCUUGGCCAUGGCCCGUCACCAGGGGAGGGCCAUAGAGGAGGAGGGGGAGGAGGCAGUUUCAACUACAACAACUUCAACCAGCACUUCCAGUCCUUCAACUUUGAUGACCUUUUCAAAGACUAUGACUCUUUUGGUCAGAGACACCAACACCACUUCCACUCCCACAAUCAAGCCCACCAAAAGAGACACUCUGACAGCCACUUCCAGGCUCACCGGGAGGCCAUGAACAGACAGAGGAGACAGUUUCAGCAGGGUGGAGCCUUUGGUGGAGGACUGUUUGAUGACGUGUUUGAGGACUUGGAGAAGAUGUUCUCCUUCAAUUCCCACAGUUCCAGGACUGACAGCAGAUUCCAGAGCUCGGGGAAGCAGCACUGCAGGACAGUGACCCAGCGUAGGGGCAACAUGGUGACCACCUUCACCGACUGCUCCUGAGACAAGCAGAGCGUGGAAAAAAAUGGCUCUCCUCAAAGGGCAGCCACUUGGGACACUGCUGUGUUAAGGUCUUUUAGUCGAGGUUUUGGAAUUGAAUGCUAAUUUAUCACUCGGUGG